CAUAUCGUCAGUCAGUGGCCGGAACUGUAAAACCGUCUCAUCCCACUCCGCGCGCGCGGGCAGAUUUACAGUGCACUUCAGCUGCACGAGACAAACAGCAGCAAUUAUCUCGCGGGAAAGAACGCGCGACACCAAACAUACGGCAAAUCAGCAUCGAGAGCUCGGAGAGAACACAAACAAGCUGAGGUUUCAUGGUCCGUAGUAAUUUCUCGCACAAAGAGAAGAAGGAGGGCUGGAGAACACACUGCCAGCUCCAGCACACACGAAGCUUGAGGUGCAUUGUCAUAUGGAGCCGCGAAGGUUUUCAUGUUCCGGUUGAGGACGUUUGAAGGAACGGCGUUUUAUAGCGAUUUCACAGACCGCUCUUCGAUGCAGAACUAGUUUAUGCUCAUUUCGACGGCGGAUUUGAAUAGGACUACCUAUUGAAAAGACUUUGGGUUACCUCAACAAGUUUUUUCUCUUCUGAAUUACUACAUUGUGCUCUCGUUUUUCCUCACGUUUAAGGAACCGUCUAUGAAAAGUCGUUCAGGAUGCUGACAACUCUACAAAAACGGAUAUGAAAUAAGAAACACUUUGAGAACGCCAAGAAAUCGCUUCAUCUAAAUCGUUGAGACUGUUAAUACGCCGCGUUUAGGUCGUUUCAGGACGCCAAAAGUCAAGGAAAAAAAGCCGACGGUCACUUACGCGGAUUCCGUAACUGUUCGGUUAAAACUCGUUCGUAAAGCUCGUCUCGUUCGAGCAUCGUCACUUCUGCAGAUGUGCUCUGGUUCAGUUCUAACCAUUGUGUAGGGUGUUGAUGGAGAGCCUUUCGAAUGACAGCCGGGACAGUGGUAAUCACAGGCGGAAUUCUAGCUACAGUAAUCUUACUGUGCAUUAUCGCUGUACUGUGUUACUGUAGGCUGCAGUACUAUUGCUGUAAGAAGGAGGAGUCGGAGUCAGAGGAGGAGGAGCCUGACUUCGCCGUCACGUCUCGUAUGCCGCCGGUGCAUUCCAACCACAACAUCCUGGCAGCCACUGUCCCAACGGCAACCACCCCCAAUGGGCCUGCCCUCUUCACGCCUCCGCCGACACGAAAGCUGACGCGCUCGCAGACAUACUGUCCGUCCUGUACGCAUUACGACCUGCCGUUUUACCUGCAGCAGCCAGACGGCCUGCGAAAUGGCGGUGAACGCAUUAGCUACCGCAGCGUGCAUCAACAGGAUUUGGGGCUGCCCACUGCACUCCCCGCCCCGCUUCCCACCCCACUGCCCACUCCACUGCCCACCCAGCUGCCAACACCACUACCAAACUACCACAAGCUAAACCUCAGCCGCUCAGUCACCAUGAGGGAAAUGUUCACACGAAGCUGCAGCAUUAGCACUGACGUGUAGCCAGCCAGAUUUAUACAAUGCUAAUGGCUAACUGCGUCAACACAGGCAACAGACUCAGUACUCAUUGAAAGACGUAAGUCAGCAUUUCGUAAAACUCUAGCGCUUGUCUGCGUAAAAACAAUAUCAACAAUGUCCUCUGGAAACUCACAGAGUGACAAGCUUUUAGGAAGACAGCCUAGUGUGUUCGUUCGUAAGUGGGAAUUAUAAAGGCAAAAAUGGGGUGAGAGCAAACAUUCGGAGACCCUCUCCCUCCCUCAGCGCAUCUGCUUCACUCCUGAAUCCAUUGUUUUGUGUUUUUGGUAAUUGGAAAGAGAAUUCAGAAAAUAAAGCUAAAAUUUUUAUGCUUUCCUUACAUUUUUCUCAAAAGACACUCCAAAACACGGAAACGCUGACGUCUUGAAUUUUUCAAUAUACGGUCUGAAUGGAAACUUUUCUAUUGUUCAUGUAGCUCGAGACAUUUUAGCUGAAUAAUAACUGAUAUAGCCACCAACUUUGUUUUAGCAAACUGACACAUAUAGUACAACUUAUGAAAAGCCCUAAGUGGGCUGCAAUAAAACUGUUGGGUCAAAGUGUGACAACAACAUGAUGUAAGCGUUUGAUUAUGAGGUAACAUAUGGGAUGAGAGGCAUUAUUUUUUACUGAAAAGUUACUGAGUUACUGUGUGCGAUUCUAAAUAUUAAUAGAUGUUUUCACAAACUUUUCUGUUUUGGAUGUUUAAAUAAUUUGUUCUUCUUUAUUCACAUUUCUCCUAUCUAAAAGGGUACAGGUUUUUGUUUCUCCUGCAUUAACGUCAUAAAGAUUUCCACUGAUUUUAUUUUACAAACCUGGAUGUGAGAUGGAUACAAGGGCCGUGGAUUCUUGAUUUCAAGGGCUACAUUUGCUCUUUCUAAACGCUGCUUGUUGGACUAUGAACAGAACAUCUUCUGCCAGAAGGGUUUUUCUCUCUCUCUCUUUCUGUGCUGUUCAUGCUUACAGAGGCAUCGGUUUGCCUAUUUCCUGCAUUGUUAAUGUGAAAACAAGUGGGGCGUUGAACCAACUUUCUUCUUUUUAAUAAUGACGGUGAUUAUAAAGAAUAUUUGUUCUGUUUCUAGCCUGUUUGACAGUGAUAUUCUUCUCUCUACCGUCCUGCAGGUGACUUUGACUUUUCUGUGAUCACCAUGUAGUUGUGUUGUGAUUUCAGAUUUCUCUCCUAGCUCUUCUUUCACUCAUCAGGACCCAUUUAAAUCUCACACUCUCAUGUCUCUCUCAUGUGCGCACAUACACGUUUCAGUGCCUGUUAAUACCAACUGUAUUAUUAUUAUUAUUAUUAAUUAUUAUUAUUAAUAUUAUUAUUAUUAAUUUCUAAAUUGUUUUUGCAUCACUGCUUUAUCACAGUAUUUUUGUUUCAGCCAUAGAUAAAUAAUAUUGUUUCAUGUUCUAAAGUGAUGCCGAAAUGGUCCUGUAAUUGAUAAUACAAUUAAGAAUACAGUGUGGAUAAUAAAUUGGUUGAAAACUUU